AUGGAGAGAUGCUUUGGCAAGGAAGGGGAUAUGUAUGUGGUGGUGAUGAGCAAUGGGGCCCCGACAGCAGAAUACCUUGUCUACUCUGCAUUUGUGGCUGCCUGGUCUGAUAAGCUCACUCAACAGGUUUCUUUGGGGAAGAGGUGGGAGGUGCACAAUUUCUCAGUGGCCGCAGUGGAAAGCUUCCUCAGGUUCCUGUAUUCCGGGCGGAUGCCUCCGAACACUACGGUGGCUAUUGAAACAGCUCUUAUGGCUGAGAUGUAUGGCGUAAAGGAACCUGGAAAAGUUAUUGAGCAUGUCUUACGUGGGUUAGAUGUGCCCACCAGGGACAUCUAUGCUAUGUUGGAAGUGGCGCAUCGCUUCCCUGAUCACGGGGUUCACCUGAGGAGUGCCUGCCUUCGUGCCCUGUUGGCAGACCCAGAGCAGAGUCUUCGUGAAGCUUGGACGCUGAACGCACGGAUCUUGGAAGAGUUACUGUCCUUGGCCAGCAAUGACAUUGGCGACUAUGAACUUGCAAAAAUGAUAAUUUCUUGGCAGGAGCAGAACCCACACCAGAAUUUUGCGGACAUCAUGCAGGAACACGUAAGCUUUGGCGGCUUUAACGACCAGCGCUUCCAAGAGAUUCGCUACCAUGCUGACCGCGUGGGGUUGGGCUUUGUAGCAGAUACUAUGUGGGCAGAAGCGCAGGCAUCCUCUGGCGAGUGGACUCCAGACAUUUUCAAGCUGUUAGAAGCAAAGUGGGGUGUCCAGUGCCAAGAGCAUCGCCGCCACAUGCCAUUCAUGGGUGUAUGGAUCAACUUGAUCCCAAGCAAUUUGGGCUGGAAGGCUCCACCACAUACCCAUGGGCCACACAAAGCGCAGGAGGAGGUGGCGCGAAAUGUUUUGCCGCUGGAGUUGCAGCCAGGCGAGUCAAUGACUUGGUUCCUGCCUAUUCAUACGAUCCACGUGAGUGGCGUCAACUUUCCUGAAGAAUACCAAGCUGACUUGAAUGGUGAAGCCUGCAUUGAGCUCUACAGCUCAACCAACGGCUGCAACUGGCAGUUGCUUUGGAACUCAGUGCGGAGCAGCUACUCCUGCCGCACCAAGGACAGAGUGCGAUGGUUCAAGCUCACGGCCAAGCAUGUCCCCUUCAAAAAUUUUCUCCAAGUACAGGGUGUGGCCCAUGCUGGCUAG